GUGAGAGCGACACGAGGCUCUCAGAAGUGACAGCUGAGCCUUCUGCUCCUCACAUCAGAGGACCUCCAGGCCUGUCCAGGAACAAGACGCAGUGUAGGAUCUGACCUUAUGAGAGAUAAUAUACAGGCCUACAAAACCACAUUUUCUUUCUUUCUUAAUAACAACUAUAAAAAGCCCAGACAAAGUUUAUGGAAGCUUGUUAAAAAAAAAAAAAUAAUGAAAUAAAUGCAACUUUUUAUCUUUCAUUUUCAAUUGCAAUUGCAAGGUUAUAAAUGCAGAUUUGUGCAUUUAUAAAAGUUCAGAUUGAGAGAGUGAUGAUGGGAGGAAAAAGUACAUUUCAGUGCUUCUGUGUUCUCUCACAAAAGUAUUGCAUUGCUCUGAGAACCUUAACGGAAAUAAUAUGGGAGGAACAUUUGUGUGCAAAGUUUCUCGUAAUAACAAUAUUUUGUGUGUGUGUAAUUUUAAAGCUGUAUGCACGUGUGUAGUCAGCACAUUUGUAUGUGCAUGUGUAAAUUAAUCAGUUUAUAUGUGCAAGUGUAAGUUUUGGGAGCGAUUCUCGCUGUUAACUAACUAUUAACUUUGAGUUUUGCCUUCGUAAACUCCUAAUUUGACCAUGUUGUGUAUAAGUGUGAAUGUAUGUUUGUGUAUGUAAGUGUAUCUAUACACAUAAGUGUGUAUUUGUAGAUGUAUGUGUGUGUGUGAGGUAUGUAUAGAUGUAUAUUUUAAGUUGUGAAAAAGAAAGGACACCCAAUUGAAAUCCAUGUUUUCCAUAUCAGUACAUAAUAAUAAUAAUAAUAAUGUGUCUGGAGCCUGAUGACUGCAGUAGGCAGCUAUAUUUCAUUUUUUAUUGAAUUAUUUAUAUAUGUGUGUUUGUUGACCGGGUACUGUUAUUAACAGUAUUUAAAAAUUAAUCUCAAACAAAAUUGAGUUUUGGAGCUUUUUGUGCUCGGGGGACUUGUUUUUCAGUGAUGAGGGCAGUAAGUGAUGGAUCCAAACUUUCAGGUGAAAAUGACAAAAUUAGGAAACCUUUCGUUUUCAUCUCAAGGUACAUGUAGCUUUAAAUGUAGCGCGGUCUCGGAUUGGCUGCUGCUGCUGGCGGUUUGAUUGACAGGCGAGCUGACCAAUCGUCACGCGGUUAUUCUGUCCCUCCGUUGCUAUUUAAUCCGACAAACAAAACAGUCCGACAACAAGCAUGUUAGGUUUUCUAAACUAACGUCGGGUGUUGACUUGGAAAAUGGUGAAAAGGUGCACGUAUGUGGCUUGCAACGCAGACAGCAGGUACCCAGAAAGGCUGGGCAACACACAGUUUCACCCGUUCCCUAAACCUGCCAGAAAUCUGGAGAAGUGUAUUAAGUGGAUAAGUUUGUGUGGCCGGCCUCAGCAGCAGCUCUGUGACAGACUGAGAAACCAUUCCACAGCCAAACACAUCUACGUGUGCUCAAAGCACUUCGUUGACGGCCGGCCGACUCCUGCUCACCCCGAUCCUCUGCCAGCAUUGAUAGAUGACUGUAGCAAGUCACAAACAGUGUCCGUGCCACCAAGAGAAGGACUACGAGAUGACCGCAAACCAGACAGUGCUGAAAACAUCAGGUGUGAUCUACAAGGUGAUUCCAUUGUUAUUAAAGAAGAGAUGGUAGCAGAAUCAAUAAUGGAGGAGAGCGCUGUGGUCAUUAAAAUGGAGUGUACAGAUGACCAAUCCCAGACAGAAGAAACACAGGUGGAACUGGAAAGACUGAAGACUCUUCUUGCUCUAAAAGAAAAAGAAAAUGACUUGCUAAGAGAGAAAAUACAAACUCAUCAGGCUCUUUACCCACUGACACCAGAGACUGUAAAUAACAGCAGCGUCCCUAACUACUUCAAAUACUGCACUGGAUUCACUUACGAUGAGUUUAACGAACUGUGCAGAUUUUUCACCCUUCCAGAUAACGAAGCGGUCCCACAAACACACAUCCCCUUUACAUGUGAUGAACUGAACAAGCACAUCCGCCACAUGCCUUUACGUCAACAAUUCCUACUUGUACUUCUGAAACUAAGACAAAACUUCGACCUGGAAGAGCUAGCUUUCAAAUUUCAAAUUGAUAUGCAAAGUGUUAGGACUUUAUUCAGUUCAUGGAUUGACUUCAUGUAUGACAGGCUCGGUAAUCUGUCUGUUUGGCCACACAGGGACAUCAUUGCAGAAAACAUGCCCGACAACUACAAAGCAGAGUUUCCAACAACUUUUGCCAUUCUUAAUUGCACAGAGAUAAAGAUAGAGAAACCUAGCUCACUGUUAGGACAAAGUCAGACCUGUUCUAACCGUAAGUCUACUAACACACUCAAGUCUCUGAUAGCCUGUGAUCCUCAUGGCUCCAUUAUGUUUGUGUCUACGCUAUACACAGGAUCAAUUUCUGACCAAGAGCUAUUCAGACGGUGCGAAAUCAAAGAUUUACUGAAAGGUCUGCUUCAGUGUGGCCACCUCAAGAGAGGGGAUGGGCUGAUGGUGGAGAAGGGGUUUCUCAUUGAGAAAGAUGUGAAGGAGCUUGGCCUUCAACUAAACAUUCCUCCGUUUGCACACAUGCCAGUCCCAGAUGUUCAGAUAGCAAAAAAAAUAGCCAAACACAAAGUGCAUGUAGAGAGAGCAAUAGCCAACGUCAAAAAAUUUAAGAUAGUGUCUGGUAGAAUCCCUAAUUACAUGUUAGAAAAUAUCAAUCAGAUAUGGUUGGUGGUGUGUAUGUUGUCUAAUUUCCAGCAACACAGCAUUCAGGCAUAGGUUGCUGAAGAAACCUCGUAGGGACAGCGAAGAGCUGCAGUUAAUUCACGGCCGUGAUUUCUCUCUGCCUGUCAUGCAAGUUAUUACAAUAAAUUAGCAUUUUGUAUCCAAA